CGGAGCUCCAUCAACGGGUUGGCAGUCGAGCCCAGGAGCCGUGCAGCGUCGCGCCGACAGCGCGGAGGCCGGGCGGCCGCCGGAAGCGGGGAGCUGUCGGAGCUGAGCGAGCUGACGGAGCUGACGGAGCUGUCGGAGCUGAGGGAGCUGUCGGGGCUGACGAAGCCUUCGGAGCUGACAAGAGCUGUCGAAGCUGUCGGAGCUGUCGGAGCUAUUGGAACUGUCGGAACUGAUAAGAGUAAUCGAAGCUGUCGUAGCUGUCGGGGCUGAGGAAGCUGUUGGAGCUGACGAAACCUUCGGAGCUGACAAGAGCUGUCGAAGCUGUCGUAGAAUACGAUCGCUUGCAGUCUUCGGAUCGGUGAGGGCUGACGAAGCUGUCGGUGCCGAUGGGUCAACGACGAUGGGCCGACCUCCUGUCGCCGUGCUCUGGACCCUGGCCGUGCUGCUGAGCUCGGUGACGGCCGGCGCCAGCAGUGGCAUCGGGUUGAGUGCGGCGCGCCCGCUGGAUCUGGACGACCCGGACAACAUAUUUUCCACCAAGAAACAGAAAAAAAUGUGCGAGCGAAUGCCUGGCAUGAAGCGGGUGCUGCUGGAGGCGGUGCGGCUGAGCGUUGCCUCGUGCGCGGAGCUGAUGGCCGACCAGCGCUGGAACUGCUCACUCGGCCCCGGCCGGCUCCGCCUGCUGCGCAAAGCCUUCAAAGAGACGGCGUUCCUAUACGCCAUCACAUCAGCGGCAAUCGCGCACACAACAGCGCGCGCAUGCGCAGCCGGCCAGCUGACGGCCUGCACGUGCGACCUGGCGCCGCCCGCGGCGCACCAGCCGGCCGCCGAGAGAUGGCGCUGGGGUGGUUGCGGCCACAACGUUCGCUUUGCCAGCCGGUUCUCCCGUCGUCUGCUGCGCCGACGGAGCUCGAAAGAGGAGGCUCGAUCACGUCGGCUGGUGCACAGGCACAACUGGAAGGUCGGCAUCAAGACGCUGAUGAGCCGCAUGACGACGCGCUGCAAGUGCCACGGCGUCUCGGGCUCGUGCCAGCUGCAGACCUGCUGGAAGCAGGUCGGCCCCUUCGCGCACACCGGCACCGCCAUUAAGCGCAAAUACGAGGCGGCGGUGCGCCGGGCGCCGGAAGGGCGGCCGGAAAGGCGGCUCGCCGGCGACGUCAACGUCCAAACCAACACCAUUAUCAGCCGGCGGCGGCGGCGAGGGCGCGGGCGGCGGCGCGGGCGGGGGCGGCAGCGGCCGGCCGCCGUCGGGCCACGCCGCCAGCUCGUGUUCAGUGACAGCUCACCCAGCUUCUGCGAGCGGGACGUGUACGGGCCGGGGACGGCGGGCCGCCAGUGUCAGCUGGGCAGUCACUGCGCCGUGCUCUGCUGCGGCCGGGGCUACAACACCCAGAUGCGCUCGCUCGUCAGCUCGUGCAACUGCCACGUGCUCUGGCAGCAGCGCACCUUCAAGGUCGACUGCCAACAGUGCACCAACGUGACGGAGGUGUACACGUGUAAAUAGCCGAGCUAGGCGGGCUGUGGCCGAGGUGGCAAACAGCGCUGGCUGGGCGGACGCGAGCAAGCCGUCGCUAUCGCCGCCACCGCGUGCCAACCGAGAACGCCCACGGCCGCGCGCGCAGGCGUCGCGCACUUGCUUUGAGGUCUGGCUGGCGGACCGACAGCCCGCAGGCACAUUGGUGCCGGCCGGGACGCGGCCGUGGGUGGGACCGGGUUUCAGAGAAGAGGCUGCCAAAUUGCCGCUUUGGUCGUGUCGCACGGAAGGCUGUUGCUGAACUAGCCGUAUGUCGUGAUUUCCAAGUAGUGUGUGGAUAUAUGAGUUCGUAGUGGCCGGGGCUCCAAAGAAGUCUUUGAACUUGGAAACGAGUCCACCUUUCAUGAUGGCUUUGAUGGAGCAUGAUGCGCGGUAUUUUCUGUAACAGCAUUUGAGGCGGUCUCUCGGUCAUGCCAUAUUGCAUUUGUUAGAUAUGAUUAAAUUAUCAUGGUGCUCGUGUUUGCACAGCAAAAGACAAAAGGUUUGACCGCACCUUUGGUUGAAUUUUGGAGACCAGCAUGUGAUUCUGUAAUUUGGAAUGGCUGCAGGCAUGUAAUAUUCCUUUCAUCGCGGGCCAAAUUGCUGUAUCUGCACUUGUUGUCAAAGUUAUGUGAUCUUUAUCUGUGAUGCUAAUCUAAGCCUUUUACAGCGAAUGUAUGCUAUGUCUGUAUAUGCAAAUUUGUAAUAAAGUACACAUACCGUU